AAGCACAUCACUUUGCCUCUUUGAUUUUUCCAAACCCUCCACACCACCCUCACACCUCCCUCAUACUCCUCAACCACGACUGAUUGAUCUCGCCGUGAACAUCGCAGCCAUGCUGCACACAACUGCGGCCCGGAGAGCGGUGCAAACCCUUCCCGCCGCCCGACGAUUCUCCUCCACCCCGGCCUGUGCUGCUGUGUCGCCAUACCGCAAGUCGGCGCCCUCACAUUCACAAUCCCCCUCCAAGCGAAAUGUCUCUGACACCGCCAAACGGCCUGCGCAGGCCGCCACGGCCACGUCGACCCAGCGCCCGAUGCCCAGCCCGUCGUUCCAGCGCGACGAGGCGAGAUUGCGAGACAUCCAACCGCUUCAACCCUUUCGACAGCCCGAGAUGGACCACAGCUUGGUGGGAAUGACGGGCGGCCAGAUCUUCCACGAGAUGAUGCUGCGGCAAGGCGUGAAGAAGAUAUUCGGAUACCCCGGUGGCGCUAUCCUCCCCGUCUUCGAUGCCAUCUACAACAGCCCCCACUUCGACUUCAUCCUCCCGCGGCACGAACAAGGCGCCGGGCACAUGGCUGAAGGUUACGCAAGAGCGUCAGGGAAACCCGGCGUCGUUCUCGUCACCUCCGGUCCUGGCGGCACAAACACCGUCACUCCUAUGCAAGACGCCCUCAUGGACGGCACACCUCUCGUCGUCUUCUCCGGUCAGGUGGUCACCUCUGCCAUCGGGUCAGAUGCGUUUCAAGAGGCCGACAUGGUCGGCAUUUCUCGCGCAUGCACAAAGUGGAAUGUAAUGGUCAAGAACGUGGCCGAGCUUCCUCGCCGCAUCAACGAGGCCUUCGAAAUCGCCACGUCCGGCCGACCUGGACCGGUAUUGGUCGAUCUGCCCAAGGACAUCACUGCCGGCACGCUCAAUCGCCCAAUCCCCAUCACAUCUUCCCUCCCCACCCACCAUUCGGCCGCAACCCUGGCCGCGCGCGAGGUUGCUCUCAAGCAGCUGAACAGCGGGAUCGAGCGGAGCGCCAGGCUCAUCAACAUGGCAAAGAAGCCCAUCAUCCUGGCAGGACAAGGCAUCAUGGGACACCCUGACGGGCCCAGGUUACUCAAGGAACUCUCGGAUAAAGCACAAAUACCCGUCACCACCACCCUGCAAGGCUUGGGUGGCUUCGACGAACUCGACCCCAAGUCCCUGCACAUGCUGGGUAUGCACGGCUCGGCAUACGCCAACUUGGCCAUUCAAGAGGCAGACUUGCUCCUUGCGCUGGGUGCGCGCUUCGACGACCGGAUUACAGGCUCCGUUCCCCGCUUCGCGCCACAGGCCAAAGCCGCCGCGGCAGAAGGACGAGGCGGUAUUAUACACUUUGACAUCAUGCCGAAAAACAUCAACAAAGUGGUGCAAGCGACCGAGGCCAUCGAAGGCGAUGUCACCGCUAAUCUCGGUCUUCUGCUGCCGCACGUUGAGAGCAAGACGGCUAGCGAUCGAUCGGAAUGGUUCGGCCAGAUCGACACGUGGAAAGAACGCUUCCCAUGGGCAUACGAGAAGGAGAGCGGGCCCGAUGCGAUGAUUAAGCCGCAGACGGUUGUGGCGGCGGUCUCCGAAAUCACCGCAGCAAGUGGCAAAGAGACUAUCAUUGCGACCGGUGUGGGACAGCAUCAGAUGUGGGCGGCACAGCAUUAUCGAUGGCGUGCUCCCCGAACCAUGGUGACCUCCGGCGGCCUUGGAACCAUGGGCUACGGCCUUCCCGCCGCCAUCGGCGCAAAAGUGGCGAUGCCGGACAAACUCGUCAUCGAUAUCGACGGCGACGCCUCCUUCCUCAUGACGCAGACGGAGCUCGGGACGGCGGCGGAGUUCAACAUUGGCGUCAAGGUGAUUGUGCUCAACAACGAAGAGCAAGGCAUGGUGACGCAGUGGCAAUCGCUCUUCUACAACGACCGCUUCGCGCACACGCACCAGCGGAACCCGGAUUUCGUCAAGCUGUCGGAAGCCAUGUACGUGCCGGCGAGGCGGACAUCGAAACUGGCGACGUUGAAGGACGAUCUGCAAUGGCUGUUCUUCGGGAGCGGCGAAGGCCCGGCGUUCUUGGAGGUGGUGACAGAUCAGAAGGUGCCCGUGCUACCGAUGGUGCCUGGCGGCAGUGCGCUGCAUGAGUUGAUUAUCUACGACGAGGCAAAGGAGAAGGCGAGAAGGCAGCAGACGCGGGAUAGGACGGGCCGAUGAUGUGCUUUGAUGCGUAGACGAUGUGGGCUGUAUACGUGAUUUGCUGGCUUGGUGCUGGGUGGUGUGUGUUCUCAGGGAGCGGAUUAUCCCCCGUUUUGCGUUUGUCGAGUAAAAAUAGCGAAAUCACUUCCACUUGGCAUGUAUCAAAUUACUUUCAAAUGAAACGCCGAGUGUCGGGAUUGAGCCAUAGCGGCACACUGUGCACUCGCUCGAGACGUGCAG